GCAAGCGGAGCGCAACUGCUUCCAGGUCACCGUGACGGGGUCGUGACAGCGGCAGGAGGCUGGGCACCCGGCGGGGCGGUGCCCCGGGGGACCGGGAGACGGACCGGGAGACCACGGCGGGCACCGCGGGCAGGGAGCGCGGCUCUUACCGGGCCGGAUCUACAAGCGGUCUCCGUCUCCAUCCCUUAAGGGGCCCUCCCUGCGAGAAACAUCACCGGCAGGCGAGGACGUGGGACAGACAUGGAGCUGGCCGCGUGCGAGCGCCUCUCUCAGCUGCUGGAGGAGCUCACCACGGCCGGAGGAGAGCGCCUCGAUCCAGCUGGGAUGAAGGAGCUCAAGAAGAUCUGCAAGCAGUCGGAUGCGUACGUCCAGCACGCCUACCAGCUGCUGCUCACGCAGCUGAGGCAGGAGCACUCGGAGGUGCGUCUGGCGGCGCUGCUCGUGGCAGACGAGCUCUUCUCGCGUUCGCACGCCUUCCGCCUGGCGCUGCUCUCCGACUUGCAACUGGUGCUCGAGCUCACGGCCGAGACGGACCCCGAGCGGCCGCUGCCGCCGCCGUCGGCCGCGGCGCACCGCCUGCGCGGCCUGGCGCUGCGCACGGUGCAUGCCUGGCACGAGCGCUACGGGCAGGACUACCGCAAGCUGGCGCUGGGAUACCACUUCCUGAAGCACGCCCGGAAGGUCGACUUCCAGGACGUGCAGGCACGCUCGCUGGCCCAGAGGCAGAGGGAGGCCGAGCAGCAGAGGCGGCAGGAGACCCUGAACAAGGAGAAGGCGCGCAAGGCGGCUGCCGAGAUGGAGGAGACGGUCGGCGAGCUGCAGGACUGCCUCACGCAGGCCGAGUCCUGUUUCCGGCUGCUGCUACCCUCCCUGGGGGAGUUUGACGUCUUUCCCAGCGACGCCGGCUCGGCGGGGCGCGGUGGAUCCCCAGCUGCCCUCAACAACGGAGAUAAUCUCCAAUGGAACCCGAGCCUUGGCGGUGCCAGCGCGGCAGCCCGUGACGAAGAGGGCUCCUCGGCCACUCCACGGAGUCAACAGCAACCAGGCUGCAGCACGGACGAUGCUUCCGCUCCUCCUCCCUCGUGUGGCUGGGGCUCUGGGGUCAUGGUCACCCAGGGAGUGAGUGAUCCAGACGAGGACGAUGAGGAUGAGGACGACGACGACGAUGAUGAUGAAGACAGCGGUGAGGGAGGAGAGGCCGCAGGAGGAGGUUCGGGCAAGGAGGAGCAGGGGCCAACGUUCAUGAGGGACCACGGUCUGAUCUCCCACAGCUACAGCCUCACGCUCGAGAUCCCUCCAGUGGUGGUCGUGCAGGAAGAUGAGGACAACAGUGCGGUGCUCACGACUCUGCGCGACCAGCUCGGCCUCAUCCAGACGCGGCACCUGCCCCGCGUGCAGGCCUGGCUGCAGGCCUUCACCCGGGCCGGCGUGAACGACGCUUCCCUCAAGCGGGCUAUAGACAUCAAGAUGGCACUGGAGGCCACCGUGAAGAAACACGAGGAGAUGAACAUCCAUUACCGAGCGAGCCGGGCACAGCAUUCGCCGGUAGAGGAGUCUGACUCAGAGUUUGAGGAGGUUCCGGAGAAGGACGGCUAUGAACCACACAUCCCAGAGCAUCGGCGCGCAGAGUAUGGCCUGGAGCCCGAGUCUCUCCAGGAACCAAGGCCCGGGCCGUCCCGUGGGCUGGCGCCGGGGGGCCCCGGUACCAGCAGAGCAGCUGCCCUCCGCACGUGCCGCGCUCCGCUACCUGACGGGCGGCUGUGCGAGCGGGCUGACCGACAUAAGUGUCCGUUCCACGGGAAGAUCGUUCCGCGCGACGAGAAGGGCGUCCCGGCAAGUGCUGAGGACGCGGCGCGGCUGGAGCGGGAACGGAGGCAGCGGGAAGAGGCCGAGCGGCCAGGGUGGAGGGACGCGGAGCUGAUGAGAGACAUCGAGGCGGCCACGGGGCUGGACCUGGGCUCGUCGCGACCUGAGAGGGGCAAGGGCAGGGGAAAGGGAAAGCGCAAGAAAUAUCCCAACCUGACGGACGUGAAGCAGCUCAACAACACGGCGCGCAGUCGCCUGGAGAGGAAGGUGUUCAACAGAGCCUCGGUGAAGCGAGUCUCAGCUGCGAUGUCGAAGCUGGACCGGGGAAAGCACGAGAGGUUCACCAACCAGUUCACCUACGCACUCACCUGAGUGGCGGUGAAUGAGGUGGGGGGGAGGGGGGUGGUGGUGUUGUCUGGCUGGGUGGAGGCUGCCCCCCCCCCAUUACUCCGCAUGUCUCCGGGUGCGGGUGCUGAGCACGUGGCUCCUUCAGCUGCGACCAUCAUAAUCCCCACCACCACCAAAGACAAAGAUCUCCAUAUAGCCUUAAAAGACUGUUGGGGCAAGUGCUGUUAGCGGGCACCUAUGAAGGCCGGCACGGCACACGAGGGGGUGGAUGG